AUGAGUCGCAAUCCUUUCGCUUUCGAGGAAGACAAUUUAGCUGAUUACUACCAUCUUAAGACCCUUGAUCCGAAGACAUCUUGGGAAAAUGACUCCAAUGCGUUCUUUCCGCUGGACAAAUUCCAGAGUGAAAACUCAGAGGAGUCCUACGCGAUUUUAAAUGAGCUUUUGCAACAAGAGCACGAGUUCAAUUCUAGAAAGAAAAGUAAUGUCGAGACAGCAGAUCUUCCAGAUCCUUUAGGAUCAAAGGAGUCUCUUUCCAAAUUACUUGAUAGAAGAGGGAUUCCGCAACGUGAACGAUAUAAGUAUUACACCAACAGCAAGAAGUUCAAUUCAAAGCUGUAUUUGAAAAACGUUCACCCUGAUGACGACUUUCAGCACCUAUCCGAGUCACUGGAUUAUUUAGACCGAUCUUUGCAGGCUCAGAGCGAAGAACUAAAACAGCUUGUUCAACGCAAUUUUGUCAAGUACGUGAGAUCCAAAAACAACCUAGAUCGGAUCUACGAUCAAUUUAACAAGUUGUCGGCAGGUGGAGCAAACGAGUUAGGUGUAGAUAAACUUGGCGGGUCUGUGGACGAAACUAUAAGGGAGACAACAUUACGUCUUAAGCCUUUAAUGGACGCGAAUAACAAGCUAAAGAAAUAUCAAUCAACAAUCUCAUUUGUUCAAGAAAACAAGGAGUUCUUCAAUUUACCACGCCUAUUAAAAAGUUAUUUGAACAAGAAGGACUAUACGAAUCUAUUGUUCGAAUAUACCAGAGCACAACGUAAGUAUAAGGCACUCCUUUCCAAUAGUGGAGCUUCACCAAUUUUAGAUCGAAUUUGGAAUGAGGUCGAAAAUACGGUGGACACGUACAGAAAGUAUACAUGGGAAAUGCUAAUAACCGCUAGAGCAGAUGAAACACAAGAGCACUUUUUGCCGUUAAUAUCCAAAUUGCUUGAUCUGAAAGUUGAGGAUAAUCCUAUCAUAAGUUGGAUAAACACAAGACUCGAUGGUUUUGAAUCUCAGCUGGGGAACUUAUGUGAUCAAAUGCUAUCUAAAAUCGUUCAUGCCCAACAGAACAUCUUGAAAGAUGGCGGAAGUGGUGCUGUUGAUCUCUCGUUUUACCUGUCCAUUGACACUUUUCCCGACCAUUCUGAAAGUAACGAAAAUGCAGUGACUGCCAAAAUGGUAAGAAUCAAAAACCACGGUUUAACAGAUACUCCGAUCAUCAUUGAAAUGUGGUUAUUGAUUCUAAAAUUCAUUGCUUCUAUAUCCACCCAGUCUUACAGAUUCAUAGAGUUUUGGGAGCACGUUGAGAAAUUUCUUGAUGGAACUUAUCAGACAUCACUCAUCAAUGACAAACGGAAGGACAAUAUUCUAAAUGCCAAUCUUGAAACUAGGGACAACUAUCGAUCAUUUUUAGAAUUAGAAGAGUAUCAAAUCGAUGAAGUUAGAAAGCGCGGUGAGCUCUUCGUUAAACAUUUGUCUGACAGAUUAAGAACAUUUUUUCUAGCUUCCCAGGAUUCUUUAAGGGACGGUAAGGAAAUAAACAAAGAUACUGGCUCUCCUAAUGAUUAUGGUUUCAUCCCACCGAAUGCCAAUGGGUUAGGAUGUCUCAGGUACUUACCCCGCAUCGUCGAACCCAUACUGAAAUUCACAACGGAAUUGGCACAGCUGAAUAUAACUACUAGUACCAUUGAGACUUUAAGAAAACUUGACACUGCAAUUCUUGAUAGGUCUGUUUCUGCCAUUUCUUCUACCAGACUAAGAGACAUAUCCGAAUUUCAUACUUUAGAAGAUUGGACAAUUUUCCGUACUUUUGGUGAUCAAAACUAUGGCGUGACUCAGUUCCCUGAAAUUGUUCGGUCUUUCCAAAAGUUGAGCAUCAAAACGAUCAGAGAUAUGCUUUUUUCAUUCGAGAAGCUUCCAAUUCUAAAUGGUAUAUAUGUAGUCACACAUCCUUCGAGGCAGUUGAUAACUGGAAUUGAGGUUCAGCAGAUCAUAUCCAUGGAAGCAGUACUCGAAUCUACCUUAAAAGAUGCGGCAAAAGACAAAGAAAGCCCGAGAAAUCCCCGUACGAUCUUAACGCUUACAAACUUACAGUAUAUACGGGAACAGAUUUUCCCUGAGAUAUUACACUAUUUUGACGAAUGGUUCGAAUGGCACUUGAGUCAAAAAAAUUUAGAAAUUUUUGCUUUACUUGCUAAAAUGGAGUCUUCAAUAUUUGGCAAUUAUCUAUCUGAUUUGAAGGUAAACUUAAGAGAUGUUCUUGAAGACAAAUUCCACGACAUAAGUUGGCCUACUUACAGUUCGCAUUCGUUCCGGGCUGGAGAUUAUAUCAUAGAAGCACUUAUGAUAUUAGUCACUGUUCACAGUGAAUGCUUCAGAAUAGCACCUCAACUUAUCAGCAAAAUUAUAAAGGAGACGCAGAUAUUCAUCUCAAGAUAUCUGUUCGAAGCAUUCAAGCCUUAUAUCGGCAACAUAUCCUCAGAUGGUUUAUUGCAGGUCACAGUAGAUCUGCAGUUUUUUCAAAGGGUACUUGGAAAGCUUCUCGAAAGAGAGACUGAAGCGACGUUGGUGGCUUGUCUACAAAACUGUUUUGAAAAUGACGUUUCUAGGAUGCAAAGAUGUAUUAAAGAGACUGAGCCAAUUGUCACAUCGAAUCUGAAUAGGACAAAUGUACAGUUUUCCUCAUUCAAACAAUAG